AUGAGGAGUGCCUGUGACUUAUGUCGACUCCGAAAGAUCCGCUGUGAUAGAGCCACCCCGGCGUGUGAGACAUGCCAAUUGGCCGGCCUUCCUUGUAUUUUCACUCCGCAGCCGGUACAGAACCGAAAGGGGCUUCGGCAAGAAUUGGCUGACAGUCAAGCCCGUGUCCAGCAACUAGAGGAAGCUUUGGUUGCAGCUCAACAGUCUACUCAUUCUACCCCUGGCGGGAAUUAUGAAUCGUCGACGACGGCUUCACUCAGCAGCGCUAUUUCUCCAGCGCCUCAGAAUCUAGCUCCGCAAGACUCCCCUGCAACCAGUCUUGUAACCGACACCCACUGUCUCGACACGGCGUUGGCGUCGUUUAGAUGGCAUAUUGCAUACUGUGGGCUCGGUAACCCACUGUCAACAACAAGAGCGGCAUUCUACUCCAACAUUUUUCAGCGAACAGGCAGCACUUUCGAUCUAGACGACUUCUUAAAUGAACUGGUACAACCUCUCAUUGCACAAGGUCUCAAAGGUACCAGGCGAUCAGCAUCGAUCAAAUGGCCCUCAACCCCCUUGGUACAGCAAUGCGUAACAUACUACACAGAGGCCGGCCUUUACUCUCUAUUCCCCUUUGCAGACGCCGAGGCUCUGCAGGUCCUCGUCAAGGCCGAUGUGCUCAACCAUCCCAGUACAACCCGCGCAGCUUACCGUGCCUGUCUUGCUGCUUUCACGGCGAAUAUUACGCAGAUGCAUCGACAUGACCCUAUGUUUCGCGAUGCAGAUCCAGACGCCUAUGCGCAUGCAGCUCUUUCGCUUGUACCGGGGAUCAUUACAGAGCCAGUUGAUACUAGAACUGUAGAGGCAAUCAUGAUGAUACCUCAGUACGCCGAAAUGCUCCUUGGAAUUGCGAUUCAAGCACUCUACAAUCUGGGCGCCCACAGGAUGCGACCUGCCUCGGAAACAAACAUCAAACCCCAACAAAGCAAUCACCUUCGAGCCCUCUUCUGGCUAGCCUACGGCAUGGACCGCGAAUUCGCCAGUCGCAAGUCCCAACCUCCCCUCAUCAACGAAGCAGACUGCGACUUAGACCUACCUCCCGCAUACGUGCUCACCUCAUCCGCGAAGCACUUCUACUUCAAGCCACUAUCCUCCAAAGAGCUGCUCUACCCAACCGAUCUCCGCCUCGUCUUGAUCAAAUCGAGGAUCUAUCGACUUCUCUACUCCGUCCAGAGCAAGACAUACACCGAAACGCAGCGACUACAACAUAUCCGCGAAGUGGACCAGGAGCUGAGUGACAUCAAAUCGGAAUAUCCAGCGGAAUUCCGACCAGAUUCAUUCGCAACGGAAAGUGCGCCGGAUUAUCUCUUCCAUGAUCUCAGCAUUCGAGGUGUGAGCGUGCACCUGGAGUACUACUAUUGUCUAGGCAAGAUUCACGGUGCAAAUAGUACCGCCAAGCAAAUCCUUUCAUCAAGGUCUCGGUCACCGCUAACCUCCAGUGAGGAAAUUUGCUACGAAUCGGCGAGGUCCACGUUGAUUUAUGUCGGUCGUGUGAGGCAUUACAUCAAUUAUCACACAUUUUGGAUUCACGCACAAUUCGUCCUCACGGCCGUCGUCACGCUCUUCCGCUUCCUCAUCAUGCUACCCGCCGCAGAGACAUUCAUGCGCGAUAUCCAGAUCAUCGAAGAGAUCGCCGAGAUAUUCGCUCCGGCCCGGCAAACGGACGAAGAUGGGGACUUUUUCCCGCCUUUUCACCUGACACACGCCUUCAUUAUGAAACUCGUUUCUUUGGCGAAAAUGGCACGUGCUAGAGCUGUUGAGAGGGGGUAG